AUGUCAGCCUGCAGAGCGCUCAAGAGAAGCAAUACCCUCCUGCGCGCCGCGCCGGCUUCAUCUUCGCUUCCUAGAAUCGGCAGACCUUCGGUCGUGCCCCGCGAGUGCCGCCGCCGGUUCGCUGCCUCGGCCCGCACCAUGUCAUCCCUCUACUCCAAUUGGGAGCCCGAGGGUCCAUCGGUCAAGACUGAGAUUCCCGGGCCCAAGGCCAAGGCGGCCAUUGCCGAGCUCAAUGAGGUCUUUGACACGCGGAGCUUGAACAUGCUCACCGACUACUCCAAGAGCGCAGGCAACUAUAUUGUCGAUGCCGAUGGUAACACACUCUUAGACGUCUACGCCCAGAUCGCCUCCAUCCCCAUCGGGUACAAUAACCCGGCCCUGGACAAGGCCGCCCGCAGCGAGGAGAUGAUCAAUGGCCUAAUCAACCGUCCAGCACUGGGUAACUUCCCGCCAACCUACUGGGCCGAGGUCCUCAGGACCGGCAUCCUCAGGGUCGCCCCGAAAGGCCUCAAUCAAGUCUUCACUGCCAUGGCCGGCUCAGACGCCAACGAGACAGCCUACAAGGCCGCCUUUAUGUGGCGCCGCCAGAAGGAGCGCGGCGGGCCCCAAGUGGAAUUCACCGAGGAGGAAAUGGCCUCGGCAAUGGACAACAAAAGCCCCGGCUCCUCGCAGCUCUCCAUCCUCAGCUUCAAGACGGGCUUCCACGGCCGCCUCUUUGGCAGUUUAUCCACCACCCGCUCCAAGCCCAUCCACAAGCUCGACAUACCGGCCUUUGACUGGCCACAGGCCACCUUCCCACAGCUCAAGUACCCGCUUGAAAAGCACGCGGACGAAAACGCUGCGGCCGAGAAGGCGGCGCUCGACGAGGUGGAGCACCUGAUCCUCAACUACCACGUUCCCCCCGCGGCCGUCGUCGUGGAGCCGAUCCAGUCCGAGGGCGGCGACAACCACGCAUCACCAGCCUUCUUCCGGGGCCUGCGCGAGAUCACUCGCAAGCACGGCGUGCUCCUGAUCGUCGACGAGGUGCAGACAGGCGUGGGCGCCACGGGCCGUUUCUGGGCCCACGAGCACUGGGACCUGCCCUACCCGCCCGACAUGGUCACGUUCAGCAAGAAGGCCCAGACGGCAGGGUACUACUUUGGCAACCCGGAGCUGCGCCCCAACAAGCCCUACCGCCAGUUCAACACGUGGAUGGGUGACCCGGCCCGGGCCCUGCUGUUCCGGGCCAUUAUUGAUGAGAUGGAGAGGCUGGACCUGGUGCGCAACACGGCCAAGGUCGGCGACUACCUGUUUGCGAAGCUCAUGGCGCUGGCUAGGAAGUAUCCGGGGUGGUUCCAGAAUCUGAGGGGUAAGGGCAUGGGCACCUUCAUCGCGUUCGAUAACCCUCGCCGGGACGAGUUCUUGGCCAAGGCUAAGAAGUUCGGUAUCAAUAUCGGCGGGAGCGGGCAGUUUGCUGUGAGGCUGAGGCCGAUGCUGAUUUUUGAGGAGAAGCAUGCGGAUAUUCUGCUAGAGGCUUUGGAGAAGAUUGUUACCACGUGGUAA